AUGUCCGGAGGCCAGGACGGGACCGGACACGCGAGAGAAAGAUCCCGAUCACCGGAGGGCGACGAAAAGCGCCUCUCGUGCGCUCUGGAGAUGGAGAUGACCAAACGCGCCAUGCAGGCCAACUCCAAGGUGGGUUGUGUGAACUACGGUGGCUUGGUGCACAGAAACGGCGGGGAAUCGCCGGAGGUCUCCGUGCCAGUGAGUCUUCCCGGGAAGAGGACGGCUCAAAUGGAGGGAGACGACCUGUACAGGCUGCGGGACAGAAAGUUCUUGUUGGAGGACAAGAAGCGGCUGUGCGCGCUCGCUUUGGGCGCAGCUCUGCUCGGAAUUCUGCUCAUGAUCCUCCAUACUGAGAUGUGCCCCUUCUUCUACAAACCGGGCACAAACAUUGCCUUAAUCAUCAACUGUUCCAUUAGCCUCUCCACUGGCUGCCUUCUCAUCUUCAUCAUCGCUUUCCAUUACAAAGACAUCAGGCUCUUCAUCAUUGAUCAAAACCAGGUGGAUUGGCGCAUCGCCAUGACCAGCCACAGGGUAUUUGUGAUCACGCUCGAGCUAUUAGCCUGCGCCAUCCAUCCCAUCGGCACAUACUGGGAGGUGGGCUUCCUCAGCAACUCGUCUUUCUCACCUCCACUGUGUGACUCCAACCAUCACAAUACGGCCUUGGCGGAUUUGGAGUUGCUGCUAUCGGUGUUGAUGUUCUUGCGCCUGUAUCUAGUGCAUCGGGCCGUCCUGCUGCACAGCAAAGUGUUGCUGAGCGCCUCUUACAGAAGCAUCGGUUCACUCAACAAUAUCAACUUCACUUUCCGCUUUGUACUCAAAGUGCUGAUGAACAAGUACCCUGCCCGCACCCUGCUGGUCUUCAUCCUCUUCUUCUGGCUCACAGCAUCAUGGAUGCUUACCCUGUGUGAGAGGCAGACUGCAGGCUCAACAGAUCACAUGGAAACGGCCUUGUGGCUCAUUGCCAUCACCUUCCUGACGGUGGGCUACGGGGAUGUAGCGCCCAAAACUCGCUGCGGCAAGUCGGUGUGUCUCUUCACUGGAGUCAUGGGUGUAGCCUGCACUGCCAUGCUGGUCGCCGUGGUAACCAAGAAGUUGGCAUUGAAUAAAGGAGAGAAGCAUGUGCACUUUUUCAUGCUGGACAUUCAGAUCUCGAAAGGGAUCCGCCACGCUGCUGCAAAUGUGCUGCGAGAGUGCUGGCUUCUGCACCGAGCCAAUGUGACCAAAGGAACCCGACAAGAACAUCGAAGACACCAGCGAUGUCUUCUGGAGGCCAUCAGAGUAUUGACAGGCGAGUCACCCCAUCUGCUGACCAUUCAGUCUUCCAGGAUGCUGGUCCAGAUGCAGAUGAUCAUGUGCGAUCUAAGCGCCAAUUGGAAUAAUUCUUAUCGGGAGUUGGAGCAGAGAAUCCUGUCCAUGGAGCAGAAACUGGAAGAGCUGAGUCGCUGCUUCCAAGAAACCUCCAAGCUGCUGUCUCAGGUCCUACGUCACCGCAACCAGGAGAUCAGGUAA